ACUUAAAUGAAGGUGGGGUACCUUAAGCUACAACUGUUGAACAGCAAGAAGCUCGUGUCGGCGGUAAAGAAGAAAUAUUUUACGAGGCAGUAUGGAUCAACUCUGCAAACUUUUUGUCGGCGGUCUGAACGUGGAGACCAACAAAGAUGGACUCCAGGCGCAUUUUGAACAGUACGGAACUCUUACCGACUGCGUAGUGGUCAUGAACGAACAAUUACAGCGGUCUCGUUGCUUCGGGUUUGUAACAUACUCCUCCGCCGAGGAGGCAGAUGCAGCAAUGGCCGCUAGGCCACAUGUUGUUGAUGGCCGAAACGUGGAGUUGAAGAGAGCUGUUGCACGGGACGAUGCAGGUAAACCCGAAGCGCUUGCGAAAGUGAAGAAAGUCUUUGUUGGUGGGCUGAAGGAGGACAUCGAGGACGAAGACCUCAAUGAAUAUUUUGGUAAAUUUGGUGUUGUUGAGAAGGUCGAGAUCAUUACCGACAAAGACACCGGUAAGAAACGAGGCUUCGGCUUUGUUCACUUUGAUGAUAACGACUCCGCCGAUAAAGCAGUUGUCCUGAAGUUUCAUACCAUCAAGGGACACAAAGUUGAAGUUAAAAAGGCCCUCACAAGACAUGAGAUGCAAGCUGCGAGCAGGGGAGGAAGGGGAGGAAGAGGAAUGCCAAGAGGUAUGGGAAGAAAUCAAAAUGGCUACGGCGGUGGCCGAGGUGGUUACGAAAGCUACGGCGGAGGUUAUGGCUACGGAAGCAGUGAUGGCGGCUAUGGCGGAGGCUAUGCAAGUGGAGGAUACGCUGGAGGUUACGGCGCGGCCUAUGGCGGUGGCUACGCAGAUCAAAGCGGAGGCUACGGUGGCGGAAAUGGCUACAGUGACUUUGGCAGUGGUUAUACCCAACAGCCCUCAGGCUACGGGCCCAUGAAGGGAGCAGGCGGCUACGCAGCUCGGGGCAGCGCUACCUAUCCCAGAGGAGGUGGAGGGGGCUAUGCUGCCAGAGGCGCAUAUGGUGCCCCGUACCGUAACGACAGAGGCGCCUCGGAUUGUUUAAACCGUACGUUACCGGUGAUAGUUCAGUCGAGCCUUUCGGAGAAUUGUGGAAAAAUGUCCGCUCAACUAUGUAAGUUGUUCGUCGGUGGACUGAAUGUCCAGACCACAGAUGCAAGUUUGCGACAGCAUUUUGAGCAGUAUGGAACGAUCACCGAUUGCGUAGUGGUUCAGAAUCAGUCGUUACAGCGGUCUCGUUGUUUCGGCUUUGUAACAUACUCAACCACGGAGGAGGCAGAUGCAGCUAUGGCCGCUCGGCCACAUGUUGUAGACGGCAACAACGUGGAUGUGAAAAGAGCGGUCGCUCGGGAGGACGCUGGUAGGCCAGAAGCAUUGGCAAAGGUGAAGAAAAUAUUCGUUGGUGGACUUAAAGAUGAUAUCGAGGAGGAACAUCUGAAUGAAUAUUUUUCACAGUACGGCACAGUUGAGAAAGCCGAAGUCAUCACCGAUAAAGAGACCGGCAAGAAGCGUGGUUUCGGCUUUGUCUAUUUUGAAGAUAACGAUUCCGCCGACAAAGUAGUUGUUCUUAAGUUUCAUACGGUUAAUGGACACAAGGUAGAGGUGAAGAAAGCUCUUACUAAAGAAGAGAUGCAAGCAGCAGGCCGUCGUGGUGGUGGAAGGGGCAGAGGAGGCCGAGGAAUGAGUCGGCCUCAAAAUGGCUACGGUGGCGGAAGAGGAGGUUAUUACGGAGGCUAUGGCAAUGAUGGCGGCUAUGGAAGCGGAUACGGCGGCGGCUAUGGAACCCAAGGCGGCUAUGGCGGUGGAUACGAUCAGAUGGGGGGCGGCUACGGCAAUGGGAACGGUUACAGUGACUUUGGAGAGGACUAUGCUCAACAGCCCUCCGGUUAUGGUCCAAUGAAGAGCGGUAAUUAUGCCGCUGGUAGGGGUGGGGGGCCAUAUGCGCGCGGAGGAGGUGGAUACGGAAGGGGGGGAUACGCUGGUUAUUCUUACUUUUUGUCGCAGUUUAAACUGGUUUCAUUAAACGCACCCAUGGAAAAUCAACUUUGCAAAUUGUUCGUCGGUGGACUGAAUGUUCAGACCACCAACGAGGGUCUCCGCAAACAUUUCGAGCAGUACGGCGAGCUGACGGAUUGUGUUGUGGUGCAGAACCAAGCGUUGAAACGAUCUCGCUGCUUCGGCUUUGUGACCUACUCAACACCGGAGGAGGCGGAUGCUGCCAUGGCAGCUAGGCCACACGUUCUGGACGGUAACAACGUUGAAUUGAAAAGGGCCGUGGCACGAGAAGAUGCGGGCAGGCCAGAGGCCCUUGCUAAAGUCAAGAAAAUUUUUGUCGGGGGUCUCAAAGAUGAUAUUGAAGACGAACAUCUCCUUGAAUGCUUCUCGCAGUUCGGCGCCAUCGAGAAAGCAGAGGUGAUUACUGACAAAGAUACAGGUAAAAAGCGUGGGUUUGGAUUCGUCUACUUCGAAGAUAACGAUUCUGCUGAUAAAGCUGUUGUGUUGAAGUUUCACACUAUCAACGGCCAUAAAGUAGAAGUGAAGAAAGCCCUAACCAAACAAGAGAUUCAAGCUGCUGGUAGCCGCGGCGGUCGAGGUAGAGGCGGGCGUGGAAUGGGAAGAUCCCAAAACGGCUACGGCGGUGGAAGAGGUGGUGGCUACGGGAAUUACGGAGGUGGCUACGGAGGCAACGAUGGCGGCUACGGAGGUGGCUAUGGAGGUGGAUACGGUGGCGGUUACGGGGGUGGCUAUGGAGACCAAAUGGGAGGCUAUGGCGGAGGCAACGGCUACAAUGACUUUGGAAGUGGCUAUGGCCAGCAGUCGUCUGGCUAUGGUCCAAUGAAAGGUAAUUACUCGGGCAGAAGCAGCGCUCCUUACUCCCGAGGCGGUGGUGGUUACGGCAGGGGGGGUUAUGGAGGCUCAUAUUAGGAAUCCUGGUCAGUCGUACAACAGAGCAGCUCCAUCCCCUAGCCAAAAUCUAAAUGGCCGCUUAAAUAUCCCAUCCAUUAAGUAGCUCCCAGCCGUAUUUUCGGCAGGGACAUGACUGGAUCACUGAACCCCAUUUUCUGGUACAGUCAACAAACCUCAGCUAUCACAGGCUGGUUUAAUCAGGUCAGGUGUUUCUUACCAGAGCCCAACCAUACAUCGUCUCAUAGUGAAACAUCAAAUCUUUAAGAGACACGGCCAUUACUCCUCAGUCGCUAAUAAACUAGGCCUGGUUUACCAACGCGUAAUAGGACUACUACUUUGGAUUCUUUUUCAUUUUCCUUGGUGGGGGACCUACAAUGUUGCAGUUUGCUUUAUAAUGUCGUUUAUAGUAAUUCAGUUAAGAUAUAUCCUGUUGCUUGUUGGUGAAGGCCUGUUAUUUUUCCUUUUUAAGAUAUGUACUGUAAGUUCUAUUUUAUUUUAAAAUAUGUAUUUAAGUUGACGUGUUGAUCUUCAGACCCCCAUGUAUGAUUAGAAAUGGCCAAGUAGUUAAUUACAGUGAACUUGAUUUAGUCCUUAGUUCUGCAUCAAAUCAGGUUGUUGGCAUCUAGAUCUUAUUCGGAGUUCGUACACCUCUUGGACAUUUCUAUUCAAGUAUUCGAUAGCAUUGAUGGCCACCGUUGUGUUCUGGUCACAAUGUGAUAAAAGUACCUAAACGCAGCAUUAUAAGGACUAGGUCACGUUACUUUUAAAUACUCUAGGUUCACUGCCGUUGUUACUGACAGAAUAUGUUGAAUAUCCGUUGUAGUGAUUGAGCUGUGACUCCUAUUAGUGUGAUUGUAAAGCAAUUUAAGUAGUUUUAACGUUAUUCUAGAUAUAUGGACAUUUUUUUUCUUAGUUGUUGCGGUGAUCGUGUUCUUUAAGACAGAGGAAGUAUCUGAAAAUUUUCCAGGUGUUCUAUUUCACAGACUUUAUUUUAAAAGGAUCUCACAAAUCUCAGAAGAAGCUGACUUUAUGCAUCUGUUUCAUUGUAUUACUGAUACACAGAUUAAACCUAUUAAAACAUGUUUAUUUCAGAUACCA